AACCGCAUGCACGAAUCCCUGCACCUAUUCAACAGUAUAUGCAACCACAAGUUCUUUGCCGCCACGUCCAUCAUCCUCUUCCUCAACAAGAAGGACCUUUUCGAGGAAAAGAUCAAGAAAGUCCAUCUCAGCAUUUGCUUCCCAGAUUACGACGGUCCCAACACGUUUGAAGACGCGGGCAAUUACAUCAAGACCCAGUUCCUCGAUCUCAACAUGCGAAAGGACGUGAAGGAGAUCUACAGCCACAUGACCUGUGCCACAGACACGCAGAACGUCAAAUUCGUCUUUGACGCCGUCACGGACGUCAUCAUCAAAGAAAACCUCAAGGACUGCGGCCUCUUCUGA